AUGUCUAGCUCAACUGAAGUCUUCGCUCCAUUAUGUAACUUUUUAAAAACUGCUUCCUUAGACAAAAUCACCAUUUCGAGAAUCUUCACUCAGCAAUGGAAACUAUUUAAGAUCCAAUCUAAAAAAGAAGAUUGCGAAUGUCUUAUGAAUAUAUUAAAAAGCUUUGAAAGUAAUAUUAAGAAUAAAGAACGUAGACAACAUAUUAUAGUAUUGCAAGACAUUAAUAGAAUCAAUUAUACCUGUGAUGAACUCAUAUCGUUGAUAGAUGCAGGUGAAUUGAAAGGGGGUUUUAAAGAAUACAAAGACUGGAAAAAUGAGGCAUCUAACAACAUAGCUAUUUUGAAAAGCGCAUUCGAGAAUGGAGGGACGCGAUCCCAUGAUCAUAUUUAUGCGAAACUUUGUGGA